CUCACAGCUCUCUCGCUCUCUCUCUCUCUCUCUGCUUUUCUACAGAAAAGCGUAAACUUGGACUGAAACUGAAAGAGAGCACAGACUUGUUAAAGAAAACCCAAGCUCUAUCUCUCUUUCUCUCCCUCACUUUUCAGUUUCCUGCUUUGGGUAGCCAUUUUGUUGCUCAGCCUAAAGGAAAGGACAACAAAGUGAAUCCUGUUGCUGGCCUCUCUGUCCUCUCAACAUUUCCUGGCAGAGUUUUGGCUUUCUCCCUCACAGGACUACUUCUCCAGAAGAGAGGGAGGAGGAGGGGGGAGUAGGAGGCGGGAGAAAAGGAAAGAAGACCUGUGAGUGCGGAGCACACGGAGAGAAAGAGAGGGAAAAAGAGAAGAAGAAAGAAGGACAGAAAGGAGAGGAAGAGAGCAACUUCCUGGAUGAGGAAUUGUUCCCUGCUCCACUGAGACGCCUGGCCACAGCACACACGGGAGCUUGGACACUGACGGACGCUGUCUCUGUGUGUGUGAGUGUCUGUGUGUGUGAGUGUCUGUGUGUGUGAGUCUCUGUGUGUGUGAGUCUCUGUGUGUGUGAGUCUCUGUGUGUGUGAGUCUCUGUGUGUGUGAGUGUCUGUGUGUGUGAGUGUCUGUGUGUGUGGCUGUGUUCGAGUGUGGUUGAACGUGUGUGAGUCAACUCGUUCACACCUUCACACUCCCCUGCUCUCGGAGCUCAUUUGAAGCGUGUGUGCUGAAGGUCUUUCAGGACUUGCUCACACGCCUGCCCGUGUGUGUGUUUGUGUUGAGCUCCGGCCAUGGCCAACGCCAGCCCCUGUUUGUCGUCGGGGCCCCUGUCGCAGGUCUUCUUCCCCCCUGGAGGCCCCUCUCCUCCAGGCUCCGUGGUCCUUCAGCAGGGGACCCCCAUGGCCAUGCCGCCCACGCCCUCACAUGGCUUCCCUCCGGUGGACCUGGGGGCUGGGCCGGGGCCAGGGGGCUCCAUGUCAUCCCCUCUGCCCCCCACGCCGGCGGGGGUGUCGUUCAUCAUCCAGAUCGGGCUGACCAGGGAGUCGGUUCUGCUGCCCCAGACUGCUGACCUGGCCUACGUCAAACAAAUCGCCUGCUCUAUCGUUGACCAAAAGUUUCCUGAAUGUGGCUUCUAUGGUAUGUAUGACAAGAUCCUGCUGUUUAAACAUGACCCUGGCACCAACAACAUCCUGCAGCUGGUCAAAGCUGCCUGUGACAUCCAGGAGGGAGACUUGGUGGAGGUGGUGCUCUCAGCGGCAGCCACCUUCGAGGACUUUCAGAUCCGCCCCCACGCCCUGAACGUCCACUCCUACCGCGCCCCCGCCUUCUGUGACCACUGUGGAGAGAUGCUGUUUGGACUGGUCAGACAGGGACUCAAAUGUGACGGCUGUGGUCUGAACUACCACAAGCGCUGUGCGUUCAGCAUCCCUAACAACUGCAGCGGCGCCCGGAAACGGCGCCUGUCCACCACCUCCCUGACCAGCAGCCAAUCACUGCGUCUCUCCACCACGGACUCCAUCAGCAGCACAGGAACCAGCUCCGUCUGCACGGAGGAGACCAGCCUGGUCCGCUCACACACACAGAUGCCGAGGACUCCCAGCGAGGCUCGGCGGUUCUACACGGGGCGCCCGGUCCACCUGGAUAAGAUUCUGAUGAGCAAGGUGAAGGUGCCCCACACCUUCGCCAUCCACUCCUACACACGGCCCACUGUGUGCCAGUACUGCAAGAGGCUGCUCCGAGGGCUCUUCAGACAGGGCCUGCAGUGCAAAGACUGCAAGUUUAACUGCCAUAAGCGCUGUGCGUACAAGGUGCCCAACGAUUGUCUGGGAGAAACUAUCGACAGCAGAAGUAACAGUGACAUGCUGAGUCCCAGUGCAGACCCAGAGCCUAUGGAGUGUAGUGAGUGUUCAGAGUCCGACAGGUCGUGUCUGAUGGACGACUCAGAUGAAUCCUGCAGCAUCCCCGGGUCCUUCUCUCCUGAGAGCAGCCAGCAUGGGACUGGGGGAGACCAGAGUGCUAACAUCCCUCUGAUGAGAGUGGUCCAGUCGAUGAGACAGACCACACGACGCUCCAGCACAGCUAUCAAGGAGGGCUGGAUGGUCCACUACAGCAACAAGGACACACUGAGGAAAAAGCACUACUGGAGACUGGACUGCAAGUGCAUCAUCCUCUUCCAGAACAACACCACCAACAAGUACUACAAGGAGAUCCCCCUAUCAGAGGUCCUGGAGGUGCGUCCGGCAGGUGACUUCACCCUGGUCCCGCCCGGCACCAGGCCUCACUGCUUUGAGAUCAUCACGGGCACCAUGUGCUACUUCGUGGGCGAGGACCCCAACAUGCACGCUCCCACCCACUCCUCCCUCCCCCAGGGCUCCCCUCCCUCCCCCAGCAACGUGGCGCCCAAUAGCGGCGUGGGACGUGAGGUGGCCAAGGCAUGGGAGAGCGCCAUUCGCCAGGCCCUGAUGCCCGUCAUCUUCCAGGACGCUCCGCCCGCGGAGGGACACACCCCCCACAGACAAGCCUCAGUUAGCAUCUCCGUCUCUAACAGCCAGAUCGUGGAGAAUGUGGACAUCGGCAUGGUGUACCAGAUCUUUGCUGACGAGGUGCUGGGUUCAGGACAGUUUGGAGUGGUCUACGGAGGGAAACACAGAAAGACAGGGCGUGAUGUGGCGGUCAAGGUGAUUGACAAACUGCGCUUCCCUACCAAACAAGAGAGCCAGCUGAGGAACGAGGUGGCCAUACUGCAGAGUCUUCGUCACCUGGGCAUAGUGAACCUGGAGUGCAUGUUUGAGACCCCAGAGAAGGUGUUUGUUGUCAUGGAGAAGCUCCAUGGCGACAUGCUGGAGAUGAUUCUUUCUAGUGAGAAGGGCCGACUGCCUGAGAGGCUCACCAAAUUCCUCAUCACACAGAUCUUGGCAGCUCUGAGGCACCUGCACUUCAAGAACAUCGUCCACUGUGACCUGAAGCCUGAGAAUGUGCUGCUGGCUUCAGCUGAACCUUUCCCUCAGGUGAAGCUGUGUGACUUUGGCUUUGCCAGGAUCAUUGGGGAGAAGUCGUUCCGUCGCUCUGUGGUGGGCACACCUGCCUACCUGGCACCUGAAGUCCUGCUGAACCAGGGUUACAACCGUUCCCUAGACAUGUGGUCGGUGGGGGUCAUCAUGUAUGUGAGCCUCAGUGGAACCUUCCCCUUCAAUGAAGAUGAGGAUAUCAAUGACCAGAUCCAUAACGCUGCCUUCAUGUACCCUCCUAACCCCUGGAAACAGAUUUCCCCUGACGCUAUCGACCUGAUCAACAACCUGCUACAGGUGAAGAUGAGGAAGCGAUACAGCGUAGAUAAGAGUCUGAGCCACACCUACCUCCAGGACUACGAUGCAUGGCUGGACCUGAGGGAGCUGGAGUCCAAACUUGGCGAGCGCUACAUCACCCACGAGAGCGACGACAGCCGCUGGCAGAUGUUUGCCCGCGAGCACACGCUGGCUUAUCCACAGCACCUGGUGCCCCCUCCGCCCACACCAGGCUCCGACGAGGAGGAGGCCGGGGAGGACGCAGACAUGCAGGGGCUCACCGAGAGGGUCAGCAUCCUCUGAGCCCCACCUCCGAGAACCAGGGGGGCGGGGCUCAGGAUGGCUGGCUGACCCAUUCAGGAGGAGGGGAGGAGGUCUGCAGGGUGGCUGGGAUAUGGCUGAUGAGGAUGUUUGCGAGUAGAAGUCAGACAACACUUUCGGGGAUCUACUGUGCAGAUUACAUAAUUUACUCAGAACAACCAAUCAGCUGUCUUUGUCCCUCAGUUCUGCCUCCAGCCUCCCUCCUUGACCUCUGACCCCUCCUUGACCCCUGAUCCCUAGAAAUGACAGAAUGCCCUCCCUUCUUCCUCCAGGUCAUGUUGCCUCGCGAAAGGGCUACUCGCAUCGUUAGGGUCUUCUGUCACUGAUAAUGUCUGAACUACAUUACCCAGAAGUCAAGGUUCAUUUCUGAACUCAUAAAGAGCUUUGAAGCCUGAGUCAGGGUAGGAUGGAAGUAAAGCACAAGCAUAUUAAUACUCCUUCUUCAGGGUUGGGGGGCUACCCUUCCAUCUUCCCCUUCCCAGAUUAAACACAGAAGUUUAUACAGCAGACGAGAAAGUUGAGAAAGUGUGUGUGUGUGUGUGUCUUUGCACAGAGUAUUGAGGAUGCAGCAGAGAAGAGACUGAGCAUCUUAAAAGCUUGUUAAAUCCACUUAGGCAUGACAUGGCAAACUCUGAAAAGGAUGCAUCAGAAUUUGAAUUUCAUUUGGAUGUCCUGUUCAUCUGAAGAGAGAAAGCUUCUGCUCCUCUCCCUCUCCUGCUCCUCAGCCUCUCUCUCUCUCUCCCGGGAGGCGUGGGGGUUGGGGGGGGGGGGCAGAGAGCUUCAUGGAGAGCCCUGGUGGUGCGUGUGUGUGGGGUGGGGGGUGUACUAGCUCAGUACGGCGUGGAGAAGACCCACUCUUCCCCUGUCUCAGAGGAGAGGUGAUGUAUGCCUGAUGAAGACAAGCUCUGAACAUCUUCAAUCGUCGUUAACUCGUCGGGUCAGCUGGCAUCAACUGCCACCGGCUUCCGCCCCUAGUCCUGACCAGCUGCUGGUUCUUCUCUUGAGAUGAAGUAGUGCCUAGAGUGUACACUGUUGUAACUGUACCUCACCUCACAAGACUUCCCUGUAGCUUUCCUACACACUGUAACCAAGAUACACCUGACAUGAGACUCUGGGUUCUAGACUCAGCUUCACACUGAUUGGUUUGCCAUCUGUCCAUAGAAACCAAUGGCGGACAGUCGUGGUCUCCAACUGGGGGACGUAGGCAGAUGAACUGCUUCUGAACAGUUGCAGAGGCACACAUGAUAUGAAGGAUGUUUCUUAGCGUUCUGAUAAUAGAAAGGAUACUAACCCCAUAUUGAGGUGCAGGUGGCUGGAUGGAUAGAUAGAUGGACAGAUAAAUAGAUGGAUGAAUGUAUUGAUAGAUGGCUGGAUGGAUGGUUGGGAUUAGAAGGAGAAAGGAUGGAUGGGGAAGAGGGAAGACGUCAGGGAAGUGUAUGUGUGUGGAGAGAGGGGUGUUCUAAAUCUGAUCACUGACUCCAAUAAUGACGCCUCUCUGUACCUCUAUAGCCUGCCUACUGCAUGUGUAUCUAGGCAGUGCAGUAAACCUAUGUGUAGGAGCUGGAUCGCUCCGGUACGGAUGUCAAUCUCAGCAUUUGUAACACAAUAAAAAAAAACAUGCUUUGACUAAUCCUA